CGGAUUAACGACGUAUAAUUUAGGUUGAAGGAAGUUAGAAAAAGUACCUCCAAUGUUACGACACGCGGCGUUGUGUCUGUACCUGUUGGUUCAAUGUACAACAGCAAUUGAAUGGGACGACCUGGUGGAUCGUGUACAGGACCAUCAUGACACAAUUGAGUUCCCUGCUGAAGGAAGAGACGAUUGGUUUUGGGACGAUCACUUUUGGAGUUAUCCCCACAUGAUGAGAAUGGAGUGUCCCGAUGGUUACGGAUGGGAGGGAAACUAUAUGGAUGGACAUUGUGAGCCCUGCCAUCCGGGACAUUACUCCGCUUCAUGGGGUCCCACCGUCAGAUGUGUUAGUUGUCCUCUUGGAAGCUACCAACCAAGCUCUCAAAGUCACCAGUGCAUCAGUUGUCCUGAGUGGAGCCCCCUUUCCGCGGCGGGGUCUAAGAGUAUUCAGGACUGUAACAAAUGGCCAAGGAGCUUGGAGGGUACUCAGACAGCCAUAGUUGAAGCGAAAAUAGAAGUAAUGGGAGACUGGACCUUCCUGAACGAUAUGCUUGAACAGCUCUCUGGAUACGACGCCCACGAUAUGUCUGCUCACGUUAUGUAUGAUGCUGAGCGGAAGUGUAGUAUGGGCACUGUAACUCUGGUCAUGGCUGAGCGUGCCGCGUUCGAAGCUCACAUGUACGUCCAAGACUUGAAAACAAUGAUCCAACUCGUUAACGACUGGAUUGGUACCGGACACUCCUACGUCAACAGAAUCUUCAGUAUGCUGAACCUUGCUGACUCACUGUAUCUCAUCGGAUUAAAUAUGGACCCGUCUAAGAUCCACAGUCAGCUGAAAGAUCUUCGAGUUGAAUCAAUCGAUUCCAUGUUUCACAGAAGUUGCAAUCAUAAUCAGAUUCACUGUACGGCUGCGGAUGAAAGAAUUGGUGUAGAUGAUGCUUAUCUUAGGACAUUGUCCAUCUUCCUUUGUAUUGAUGAUCCAGAUGCAGGUAAAUAUUCGCAGUCUUAUCUUUCAUACUACGCACCUGCAAGUGAAGCAUGUAUGACCCUGGGAGGGAAAGCUCGCCUUGCUCGUCAUAUCAGCCAUAACUGGGAAGUUACAGGCUGUGGAGAGCCACAGGGUGAUUCUUGCCACAUGUCUCUUAUGAGGUGCGAUGUCGUCGACGGAGGAGCGUGGGUAGUAAUUUAUGUUGCAAAGACAUACGAAGAUCUCGACUACAAAGCUUUCGAUGAUGCUAAGUUAACAGACGAUAAGGACAAUGAAUUUGAAAGGAUUGCUAGUUUCAAUGCUGAUGAUUGUAUGGGGGGGCCACAAUCAAAAGAGAUCACAGAUGGUCGUGAUUGUGAUGGAUGUGAUACUGACAAAAAACAUCUCUCUUGGAGAACUGGAAGAUGCGAACCAUGCCCAUUUGGCUCCUAUCUUGAUGUAGAAGAAGAUGAAAAAAAUUGUCAUUCUUGUGACGGUAUGUUCCAAAAAGAUGACAGGAAAUUUAACAAUUUUUUGUCAGGGACAUACACUUAUGGAUCUGAGUAUAAAGAAAACUGCUUUAUCUAUAAUCUAGAUCAUGAUGUCUUAUUCGAUUACAUGAGAAAUUACCAGAGAAAUUACCGCAUCGAUAGAAGGCCUUACCAUAUCCCUCGGGACAACCGACACCAUCACCAGGUCGAAAUUGAAGCAAAGUUAGAUGUGUGCCACGCUGUCCAACAGAAAAAAGAAUUUAGUCUAUUUUGCGCGGGGAAAUACGACCUGAGAGAACUUUCCUUCGACGAUUUCACGGACUUUGACUUGACUAAGUUAUCCUGCCUGGCCAUGGACCGCCUCGGGGACCUUUAUGAAGCAAACUGCAAAGAUCGUGAUUAUUCGUGGCCACCAGCAGAAAACUUUUAUUGGUUGGACGCUGCCUGCACAGCUGUGAAACACAUCAUGAAAACGGAGGAAAUUCUUCAACAAGGUGACAUACAACAAUGCCAUGAUGUAAACGAAGAAGCUCGCAUUUUGACAAUGCCCUUCUCUCUCCAGAAAGGUCUUACCAAUGACAUUGAUUGGGGAAGUGUAUUGAUUCCUCUUUUUGAACAUAUAGAAAGCAUGACUCAUGUAGACUUCUCGACUGUCACAACGGCCGUGAGAGGUAUGAUGAAACAGUUCGGUGUCUACGAAACUUCUCAUGUAACAGGAUUAGAAAUGGCAGACUAUCUCAGAGACCUGAUCAUCGAGGUACCGGAGAAUCUAAAAGUGAGCAAUGCUAGAUCGGAGCUGUUAAACAAGAUGUCAGAUGUGUUCUGUGACAAUAAUAAAGUCAAGAUGGAUUGUAGCAGUGCUUGUGCUAUACCAUACAACCAAUGCUUGAUGGAAGAGGGGGAUAAUUAUGAGUUGACAUGUCAUGCUGACGAGUGCAACAACUGUGAAGUAUCGUACCAUUACACGGACGAAGGAGAGGACCAGGUGUACGAAUGCAUGUACAGUGAGGAAGAACACUGUAAUACACAGUUCUGGAAUAUGAGGGAGGGUUACUUUAUUACUUUGAUCUCCGCUGAUCCUAAAGUACACGGAAGCAAGAUCUACCAUGCCGAAUGCGAUACGGGUUUAAGAUUGAUAAUAGAAGAUGCGAAUGUCGAUUUGGCGAACUGUAUGGAGGAAGAUAAGAAUGGUUUCACAUGUGAUAUGGAUAAGUAUAGUCUUCAAAAUUAUGAUUGUGAGGAAGAUAAAUGCACCAUGCCUUCAUCGAUAACGGAAGCGGAACUCUUUAUAAACGCAGCUCAUGCCCCCAAGGACGGGUCUUGUCGAUUUAUCGAGUUGGCCUGUAACCCAGGUUUCAAAUUGGUAGGUGAUCAUGUAGCGUACUGUGACCUUGAGGGAAACUGGUCUCAGAUGCCGACAUGUGAGCCGGUAGAGUGUGAGGGAGACGAGUCCACUAUCGAGCACGGCAAACUUGUCAACCAUCUGGUGGGUGAGAACAUGUCCUUUUACAGGUGUGAUGUUCACAAUCCAAGCUACAAUGGUGAUAAGGACUACUUUACUGCAAAAACGUGCGGAGAAACCAUUGUAUGUGGUAAGCAUGAAAAUGACCAUUGUCCUCCAAUGAUAGAUCACGGUUACAAAGUCAGAGAAUGGGAGGAUAUGUCUGCAGAUAUGAGCGAGCUCAGAGCAUGGAAUGCAGAGUACAGGUGCAACCCAGGAUUUGAGAUCGAAGACAACCCAGCACUGCAAUCUAUCGAAGAGGCUGGUCAUGGCUGGUCUCACUGUGUGGAAGGUGAGGAACCUAAUGUGCCAAGAUGUGUCGAGCAACGUAGUGACGAGAAUACGGAUAAUACGGAUGAUAACGAUGGACAAGGACCUUGUAAAAUGCCCGAAAUCAUUUACAAUGGAAAACUCAUCGAAGAAUUUAGUGACGACGAUGGAAAAGUGACCCACGGAAAGUACGAAUGCGACGAAGGGUUCAUGAUGGUCGAGACUAAUAUGAAGGACCACGGAUUCUGCAGAGAAAUGGACUUCUCUUAUGAGCUGCCAUUUUGUGUGGAGCCCGCGGAAUGGUCAGACUUACAGUUUGAGCUUGUUGGAGGCUUCAGAAAGAUGCCAAAUUCUGGCCGUGUAAAGUUUCGCUAUGUUAGCGCUGAUGGAACUGAGGGAGAUUGGCAUACUGGGUGUGAUGACCACUUCAACAGUCCUGGUGCUGGAGCUGUGUGCAGAACACUUGGAUUUAACUAUGGCAAGAUGAUUGAUCCACCCAGGAGAAUGCGACCUAUCCCAGAUCUUACCUUUGGAAUCACUAACUUUUGGUGCUAUUAUGACGACGUCCUUCCAUCAAGUCCUAGUUGUCACACUGACGACUAUGGCGAGCUGGGAUAUCCUAUUUGUGUGCCUGACGAACAGUUAGCGGUAUCCUGUUUUGAUGUCUGGUGGGAUGUUGAAGUUCACUUCCAUAUGAAGUCCAAGAGAAAAGACAAAAUGUUCUGUCCUGUCAUGAUCGAGAAGGAGGGAAUCAAGAUGAAGACGAAGAAGAUGGGCCUGACUGUUGGAUGGGGAGGACUGAAACAAAAUGAAGGCGGCGAAUACGUAUGGACGCCGUUUGAGGAAGGAACCCAUUACGAAUCUCGUCGAUUCAGCAGAAAGAAGGGUUUCAGGGCUACUUUCACCGGAAACAUGGAUGAUUACGAUUGCUUCGCCUGCAACGUUUACCUUGGAGACAUCUGGCUGAACCCUGCGGCAAUACAGGCGAAUCAUAACUGUGGAAUGGACGAUUAAUAAGAAUGAGUUUAAUCGAAUAAUCCGCGGCUGUACCUAGCCACCUAAACAAUUUGGAUUGAGCCUUACUUACAUCUGAAGUCAACCUAAUGGUCUUAGAGAAACUUUAGCAAUAAGGUUAUUAUAAUUAAAGUGUUGUUGCAUUCAUAAUAUUGACCAUCAGAGUUGAGUGUCGCCAAAUUGUGUCCUACUCCUAGCCACUUUCAUUAGUUUGUGCAUGUUAGUAACUUUUGUGGUCGCAUAAGACACGAGUCUGAUAAGUUUUAAAGUUUUGAUAUAAUUUUGCUGAUUAAUAUUCAUUUUAAUUUUCAUCACCAAAAUUUAGUACUUUCAAAA